UACAUUGCCUUGAAAUUUUGCAGAACAAACAAUGUAAGAUUAAGCCAACAUCUAGGAACAAGAUUAAAUGCCAACUAGAUCAGGAUUAAGCCAACAUCUAGUAACAAGAUUAAAUGCCAACAAGAUCAGGACUAAGCCAACAUCUAGGAACAAGAUUAAAUGCCAACUAGAUCAGGAUUAAGCCAACAUAUAGUAACAAGAUUAAAUGCCAACUAGAUCAGGAUUAAGCCAACAUUUAGGAACAAGAUUAAAAGUAUUGGAAGAGGAUCAAAUUCUAUACAGAGAUGAAGAAUAUUUCAAGAAUAUUAAUGAAAGCAGAGAUCAACUCAAUCCUUUGAAAACGAGCUCUAAUCGAGACAUUGUUAUUGGAGACCCAAACAUGACAGCUGAUAAGAGUGAAGACAAACCCUCAGGGCCUCUUGUAGGUUGUAAGAUAUGCGACAGAACUUUUGCAUCUGACCGUAUAGCCCUUCAUGUGGAUAUUUGCAAGAAAACUGCAAAACCUCGACCAGUGUAUGAUGUUGCAAGAGUACGAAUUCAAGGCACUGAAGCAGAAGAACUUGUUAAUGCUGGAAGAUUAAAGCUUGAACCCGCCAAACCAUUUGAGAAGAAGUCGGAUUUAAUGAAAAAAUAUGCAACAGCUGAUUCGAACGGGGUUCUCCCGCCGGUUUUGCCCCCUAUUCAACCGAAACCCCGGGAAACUGAAAAAGUUGCGCAAAAGAAGAAUGGUGCCGCAUAUCAAGUUAUGUUUGAUGACAAUGACAAAAUGCGAACAAGAAAACCCACAGCAACUAUACCGAUGAGUAAACUACCUGCACAAAUGAUGAAAAAGGACAAUUCAAAUGAUUUGAGACAUUUAUCUGCCAAGAAUUGGCGGCGAGCAAGAACCCAAGUUUCUCCGGACUUCUCUAGUAGUUACGAUGAUAGUGAUUUCCUUGCCAGCUCUAUGGCGUCACAGAAGAGUGUUGCUUCAGAUGCAUUUGAUUUUCUUUUUGAUGAAACUAACCUGGAUCCGGAGAAGGUUAUUCAGAAUGAGUUCAACGAAACAAAACGAGAUUUUGAUUUAAGUCAGUUCAAACAAGUUGAACCUACGCUACAAAAGGAAAACAGCGCAUGUUGCGUUAUUUCAUAGACAUUUUUGUAAUCAACAUGGCUGGCCAACAGCAAAAAAAAUCAAGACGGCCGGCUAGCAAAAUACAUUUAAUUAAGAAGCCUGGCUAGCAUCUUGUAGUAAAUAUAACAAUUAAGAUGUUAGGCAAACUAUGAAAUUAUGAUAUGGCUGGCUAGUAGAAAGCUAUACAAUCAAAAUGGUUGUCUAGUAAGAAACUUUAAAAUCAAGAUGGCCGGCUAUUAGAAACUGUAAAAUCAAGAUAGCCGGCCAACAGAAACUUUACAAUCAAGAUGGACGAAACUAUGAAAUCAACAUUGCCGGAUAGUAGAAACUAUAAAAUUAAAAUGACUGCCUAGUAGAAAUAAUAAUACAAGAUGGCCGUCUAGUAGAAACUAUAACAAUCCAGAUGGCGGACCAUAACAACUAUACAAUCAAGAUGGCCGACAAAUAGAAGCUAUGAAAUCAAUACUGCCGGCUAGAAGAAACUAUAAAAUCAAGAUGACCGGCUAUUAGAAACUAUAAAAUCAAUAUGUCGGGCUUCUAGAAAGAACAAAAUCAACAUGGUUAAUAAAAAGCAUGAAACCAAAAUAGAAAUAAUUAAACAUAUGUCACUGUCACGUACAAGGCUAUGGUAACCAUAUAUACUAAAUGAAUGGGAAAUAAUGAAAGGCUUUCUAA